AUGCAAGUUGAAGUCAUUCGGGCGCCUGAGACGCUUAGCUCCCGUCCAGAGUUGGCUAUUGCGAUUGACACACUUGGCAAACAGUCCGCUGUUGCUCAAACUCUCUCCCGUGAAAUUACAUCAGCAAAACUGUUCGAGACACGACAGGCAGCCAAGCAGCAACAAAUAUUGUUCUUAGCAAUUAAUGAUGGCAAGGUCUUGGGGUAUUUAAAGACAGGUGUUAAACAUCUCUUUUACAUGAGUCCAACUGGUGAAUAUUCCGAAUUGGAUCCAAUCUGCGUCCUAGACUUUUACGUGGACGAGAUCUGGCAGCGUCAUGGGAUAGGGUUGCAGCUCUUUCAAUACUUUCUUCAAAAAGAACGUGUUUCGCCUGCUCAGCUCGCUUACGAUCGGCCAUCGCCUUUACUCUUUGCAUUUUUGAACAAACAUGCUGGAUUGACUAACUACGUUUUGCAACCCAAUCGAUUUGUCAUUUUCAAUGAGUAUUUUCAAUUUCGGCAAUAA